AUGUUUUGUGAUGCUUCCUCACUCUUAUAUGAUGCUGAACGGUAUCUCUUUAUGAUUGUGGGUCCUCUGCUGUUUGCCUUUGAAUUGGCUGUGGCUGGUAGGUUUCUAGGCUUCUUGUUCUAGCCUUUGUUUACUAUAUUAGGACUGACUUUAUCAAUGCAUAGCAAAACACUAGCAGCAACUUUGAGUCUAUAAAUACAUAAAUACAUGUGGACUCUAACUGGGAAUAUACAAAAUUGAGGCAUAAAAAGCAUCUCCCAAAAGCCUGCUUGGACAUAGGGUGACUAGACUCUGGAGGGACAUCCCAUAGAUCAAGCUUACUAACCUGUAUACCAAUGCUCUUUUAGUCCUGCUUCCCUCAUACCACGCAUCUCCCUUAUCUUCCUACUAUUAUGGGGUCUUCUGUGGGAAUUAACCUAUUGAAGCAAUAGUUAUUUCUUAUGUCUCUAAUUAUAACUCCUCAGUUUCUCUCAGUCUACUGUUUUACUUUACCUAACAUAACUUGUCAAUCCCUGGUCCAGCCCUAUAGUUAAGCUUGUUGUUUUACUUUGCUUAACAUAACUUGUCAAUCUCAGGUCCAGACCUAUAGUUAAGCUUACUGUUUAUUAUACUAUAAAAUUGUGCAUGCACUAUCUAUAACCCUUCAUGUAACCCCUCAAAAACAUGGCCUGCAUCUGCCCCUUUCUUACGCAAGAUGCUUGUCCAUGCUUUAGUAAUUUCCCACAUGGAUUACUAUAACCCUCUCCUGAUUGGUCUCCCCAAAAAGCCAUAUUGCCCCACUACAGUCUGUAAUGAAUGCUGCAGCUAGACUGAUCUUCCUGUCUAGUCGGUCCUCUCACACAUCACCCCUCUGCCAGUCCUUACAUUGGCUCCCUGUAUCCUAUAGGAGUCAAUUCAAAGUGCUAACCCAUACAUUUAAAGCACUGAACAAUUCUAGCCCUUCUUAUAUCUCCUCAAUGAUCCAUAGGUAUGCCCCCCCUUGUUCCCUUCGCUCUGCCCGUGACCACCUCCUGACCGCUGCUCGCACCCGUAUGGCCUACUCACGCUUGCAGGACCUCUCGUGGGUGGCUCCUUUCCUAUGGAAUAGCCUGCCUACCGCCAUCAAACUCUCCCCUAGUCUUCAAUCAUUUAAGAAGAGCCUUAAAACCCAUCUCUUCAGGAAAGUUUAUGGCCUCCCAGACUAACCUCUACCUUACAUACCUGUCUCUUGCUCUCUCCUAUAGGGCAACACUCUACCCCCUCCUCCAGCUGUGCUUCACUCCCACCUUAUUUGAUUGAUAUUUCCUGUCCUAACGUGUCUUAUACCCCACCCCCUAUAGACUGUAAGCUCGUUUGAACAGGGUCCUCUUCAACCUAUUGUUCCAGUAAGUUUUCUUGUAAUUGUCCUAUUUAUAGUUACAUCACCCCUCUCAUAUUGUAAAGCGCUAUGGAAUCUGUUGGCGCUAUAUAAAUGGCAAUAAAAAUAAUAAUGUAAAUCAUGAUGCCAUGCCUCAGGAAUGCCGUUGUACCAACGUUAUGCACUGCAAAUAUAUAAAAUGAAAUGAAAUGAAAAAAAAUAUUCAAAUAUAAACACGAACUACUGGUAUUCAUCUGAAUUCUGUUUAUUAUAGCCAAUAGUGAAUAUAGAAUUGAUCCCAAUCAGCAGAAACUAGAACUCAAGUUCAGUAAGCACAUGCUUAUGAAGGUAGCAAGGUCAGGUGUUGCUUGUAAGAGUGUUUUUUUCACUGUUUACUGAUUUAUACAAUACUAUUAAAAGUAUUUAAUUAUGUAUUGAUUGAUGUGCUGAUAUAUAUCAUGUUAUCAAUGACAUUCAAAUAAAUAAAAAAUAAACUGUGUAGAAUAUAGAAAUCAUUAUGAGAUUUGCAAUGAAAUCCAUGUAUUUCUUGCAAAUUAAAAAAAGGUAUAUAUUUUUCAUCUUUUUUUACAAUGCAGCUUAUUUUUUAUCUUUAUUUUCAAUUUCAACAAUAGAAAAUAAAGUGUUACAAAAAAAAAAAAAAACUAAAAAGGAAGAUGUAGGGCAGAUCUAGUUGUAGGACACCAAGACCCUAUUUAACAUAGGUCCGUCAAAGAUGUUUUAUUGAGUUUAGUGUCACAAAUUUUUAAAGCACAUCUCGAGUCAGGGCACGUAUAUGUCAUAUUCCCUUUGAUUAUUAUAAUACAAAUCCUAAAAAAAAUUAUCAGAAAUCAUUUAAAAAUAAGUAAAAAAAAAAAAAAAAUUAAAAAGUAGAGCAUUCACAAUACAGCACUGAUUUUGUUUUUUGAGACAUUCCAAUUUCCACAUUUCGUAAUGAGUUUCAUUAUUUUCAAAACCUCAAAUUAGAAAUAGGUUUGGGAUAAUACAUUCAUCCUAUACAGUGGUUACAAAAAAUAAAUGAGACAACAUAGAUAUAAAAUUUGAAGAUAAAAUGUGCUCAGGGCAAAGUGUUCAGUAGAUACACUUGAUAUAUUUCUGUCUUGUCUUUUGUGUUCUGAAAAUAACCAGAACUCUAAUAUUAUAAGGUUCAUCUUAACCUUUCAGAGAAAAACUGUAUCUUUUGUCUUCUACCCAGAAAACCUCUUGCAUUGCACUGCACUAGGUCAUGUGUCUCCAAUAUUGAUAUUUCAAAAUAAAGGCAAAUAAAAGAUUUAAACAAAAAAGGAUUAUAUAACCUUUUUACUGAAAUAUGCACCUUCUAUUCCAUUACAUUUUAUAUGUGGAUUUCUUUGCAAAGCCCUACAAGUUAUAUUACAAGUGAAGAUAACAGAAACAUGAGAUGAUAUCGAGUAAUUAAUUCAGUGUGCGAAAUGUGUGUAGAAUGAAGGUUAAUUGUUAUUUACCAAAUAUUUAAUUGCAGGGAAACUGCCUGGAGACAAAUCACAAGGUACAUAGUAAUAAAAAUUGCCUCAUAGUUAGAGUGUAUGAUAUAUAUUGUCUUGGAAAUGUAAAGACGUAUUGACCAUUGCCAUAGACAUUCUAGAGCUGUGAAUCAUUAGUCAUCUAAUAAGUAUUUGUUGGAUCAAUAUGCUUCUACAUUUUAAUUUAUUGUUUUUGUUAUUGACUUGUGUAUAAUGUAGAUGUGAGGAGUGCAGUAGAUCUCAGAUUUGAUCAAAUUUCUGAUCAUAUCAGAACUACUAGAGUUUAUUGUAGUUGUUCUGGUGAGCAUAGUUAGUCCCUGGAUGCAUUUUAAUGUGAACACUGUCUUUUCAGAGAAGAAUCCGUAUUUUACAGCCUAGGGACACCUUUAGUGGCCACUCCUGAGACUGUUACUAGAGGUGCUUCCUGGGUCAGUGCUGUACAGUGUAGACACUCUGCAUGGACACACUGAACUUUCUCCAUAGAGAUACAUUGAUUCAAUACACCUCUAUGAGGAGAUGCUGAUUGGCCAGGGUAGCAUUUGGCUCCUCCCCACCCCCACCUCUUGGCUGAGAUCAUCAGAAUUGAUGAUCACACCCAAUCCAAAACUUUCUUAUGGGAAAGUCUUGGAUUGGCUUAGAUCAUCAAUUCUGAUGAUGUCCGCCAAGGAGGCGGACACUGGCAGGACCAGAUUCAAGGAGCACCGCGCGGUGCUGGAAAAGGGUGAGUAAAUCACCUUUCUUAGUUAGGUAAGGGGGGUUGACCACCUAAAGAGUGGUUUUAGAACUAUAGUGUCAGAAAUACACAUUUGUAUUCCUGAAACUAUAGUGCACCUUUAAUGUGUGUUGGCUUCUGCUAACAAGGAUAUCAAGAACAGCAAAGUACGAUAACUGAUUUCUUAGUUACCCUAACAGAUGAGGAAAUAUCAAAACAGAGCUGUUGAAAUCUCAAUCUUGUAAUGUUAUCACAGUAUUUUCAACACAGCAUUACAGUAGCCUUCAUUUCAGGAAUAUUAAAAUGUGUCAUCAGGGGUUACAUUUCAGAAGUCAGGGUUUGUCAUUAGGGCGGUAUACGUGUUGACCCAAAACAUGUUCUUCUGAAACUUCAAACAUUUUACAGUGAUAAACACCUAUGAUGAUUCGUAGAAAACUGCAAAGUAAUGUGGGUUUAAAAUGGUAAACUUCCUACAGACAUUGGAUACACUGCCAUGUACUAUCCCAACUUUUUGUUGUUGUUGUGUCUUAUAAUUAUAUUGUGUAUGUCUAUUUAUGCACAGUUUUCCUGGGUUUAUUGACUUUUUUUUUUUUUAGAUUUUCAAAAAUGUAUUUCUGUGACAGUCAUGUUUAUAAUGUAGCCAUGCACUGCAUGUACCUUUGCAUGCUAUGUCAACAACUGCAUAUCCCUGAUACAUUGUAUAAAUUAUGCUGACAUACUAACAGUAAUAAGUAAAGAAGUUUCAAAAACGUAGUCUACCAAUCAAACAAUGUAGUAUUAUUAUCUAGUGAAGAGCAGUGCUCCUCAACCCUCUCCUCAUGGCACAUCUAACAGUCCAUGAUUUAGGGAUUAUCCACGUGUGUCUAAUGUGUUUAGAAAAAGAAAAAAAACAACUUUUUAGUUGUUUUUUUAACACACCUGGAUGUGUUCGGUGUAACUUGAGUAGAGGGUUGAGGAGCACUGGUGAAGAGUACUAAACUUGCAUACAUUUUUUGUAGUCUUACUACUUAAUUGUAUUUGUGUAAUCAAAAAUACUUUUACGUAAUUUCAACUAACUUUUUCUAGAAGUAUAAUACUUCUACUAAAAUAGCCUAAAUAGAAUGCUGACGAUGAGAAAAAUCUUAUUAUUUUGCCUUUUGGAUACUUAGUUCCCUCUCAGGUCUCAAACAUGUUAAGCUCAGACCUGUUUAUACAGGUAGAACCUGUCCUCUUUUACUAUUAGACAAAGUUACAGGGUUACUUAACUGAUUUGUUGAUCGAUUAAUUCUGUUUUUCCUCUAAAACAUGAAUUUAUUUUAUGCCAGUUUUGAAUUUGUUAAAAUGUGAAAAAUUGUUGUAGGUUAUUUAGUUAGUUUGUUUAAGCAUGUACCCAAUCAUUGUGAUUAUAGAUAAUGUAUCUAUAAAAUGGUUUAUGUUAUAUGUUCUUAAUGAUUUCUUUGUUAAUUAUCUUUACAGAGCACUCUGAAGAGAAGAGGUAGCAGAGAGAUGCACAAGGAUAAAAAGAUAUCUGGACAGGUGUUUUGAUCGUGUUACAUAAUAUUUUGAUAAAUAAAUUAUAACAGUUUGGUGAAGGUCUACUUUAAGAGACUCUGCCAGUUAUAUUUUGUGUUAGGAAAAAUCCAUAUUUUACAGCUUAGGAACACCUUUAGUACAUGGAGAAGUAUGUACGAAUAAAUGUCAAAAAACAUGGAUUAAUAAAAUAGUGAACUAACGAAUGUCACAAUUGUGCAAAUAUUUCCCACAGUAUAACUAUUUUAACUUGUCCUGUGCUAAUAUACAUGAUGCUAAAACUUUGUUGGCGUUAAUGUAUAGCUAUUUGCAGUAUUUUCAAGUUUGGCGGGUAUUUAAAACAUAAUUCUUUGUUCACUCAAUUUUUUUUUGUGAUAUGUGAUAUGUGCCUCCCAUAAAGUUUUAGAAUUAAUGUUUGAUGAAUAAACGAAACUAAGAAAGGAUAAAAAAAAAUAAUAGAAGGCACAAAAGAGGAAAGCCUCUACAGGCAAUAUUUAUAAAGUAGAAAUCAAAUGUUAAUCAUGGAGAAUCAUUAGAUUGAUUUUUGCGAUGAUUGCUCCUUAUUCUAUAUAUUACAUGGAGCUAGAGUAAUUCACAUUCACAGUCUGGCUAAAUCAACAGGUGCUUGUUAAAAUCAAUCUAAAAUGCAGACAUCACUUCAUCAAUGGAAUCUUUACACUUGAAUGUGAGUUUUAUAUUCUGCCGUAAUCAGCUCUAGAAUUCCAUUCUAUAAAUUUGCUAGGAAGGCUUCAGUCAUCUACUAUUAUUUUAAGAAAGGUAAAAUAAAUGCCAAGGCACAGCUUAAGUGAUUUGAAAAUAAGUAUCUAUUUAUUCUUUUCUUGUUCAAUUUGUGUUUGUGUUAUAAAGGUAAAAAUAAGACCCCAUCCAUCUUGCUUGUUUAACAAUCUAUGCCAAAUGUAUUUUCCAUGACAGGGUUAUUUAUGAAGAAGUGAUUAAUAUGGUAAAUCGUCAGUAUUGUAUGAUCGUUCUUAAUAAAGCUCUUUACAAGCAAUAGAGAUAUUUUAUUUUCUGCUGAAAUAUAAUGACAAUCAGACUCCAUUGUUAACAGAAACUUCUUUUUUUUUCUUUUGCUUCUAGGAGGACAGUGCUGAUCUAAAAUGCCAGUUACAAUUUGCUAAAGAGGAAGCAGUGUUGAUGCGGAAGAAAAUGGCAAAGUUGGGAAAGGAGAAGGAUGACCUAGACCAGGAAUUGGAGAAAUACAAGUCUAUUUAUGGAGAUGUUGAUAGUCCUCUUCCAACUGGGGAGACUGGGGGUCCACCAAGCACUAGAGAAGCAGAGUUAAAACUUCGCCUUAAGCUGGUUGAAGAGGAAGCCAACAUUCUGGGCAGGAAAAUAGUUGAGCUAGAGGUUGAAAACAGGGGUAUUAAAGCUGAAAUGGAAGAUCUCAGGUGUCAGUAUGAAAAAGAGUUUCUAAGCAGGGAAUAUGUUUCAAGCAUUCCUACCUCACCAUAUGGUGAUUCCAUGGAAUCUGCCACAGAACUGCGUCGACAUCUCCAAUUUGUGGAGGAAGAGGCAGAGCUGUUGAGGAGAUCCAUUUCUGAGAUAGAGGAUCACAACAAACAGCUUACUACUGAGUUGAAUAGAUUCAAGUUUGGACCAGACCAGGAUCUAGUCUGGAUAGAUGACAGCGCCUCUAAAUGCAAUGGAUCUGUGCAGGAGGAACUGAAGACAGCUAGAACCCAGAUCAAUGAAUUAAGUGGGAAGGUGAUGAAACUUCAGUAUGAAAACAGAGUUUUAUUGUCUAAUGUUCAACGUUACGAUCUUGUAUCUCACUUGGGAAUGCGAACAGCAAGCCCACGGGAUAGCGAUGCAGAAAGCGAUACAGGGAAGAAAGAAAGUGAUAGCGAUGAUGGGCGUUUUACUCAACCAAAGAGGGAAGGACCUGUUGGUGGAGAAAGUGACUCUGAAGAAGCUUACGAAAAGACAUCUGGUUUUGAGAGUGUAAAGCCUUCCGAAAUUGGGGACCUCUAUUCAGUUAAAACUAAAGAAGAUACACAUUUAUUUCUAAACGUAAGACGUGAGGCUGAAAGGUUAGAGAGAGCUUUGGAUAGACUUAUUACAGAUACUGAUGGAUUGAUCGGUGAAACCAAAGUGCAGAUGUCAACCUGUUCCAUAGGCGAAGCAAUAAAAAGCUGUCCAGAAAGAGAAUGCUACACAGAGACAGAUAUUUUAGAUAGCAUCAACACAAAAAUGAAAGUUUUCAAGAAAGAACUGCAUAACUUUGUAGAAAUAGUGGAUCACACAAGGAAUAGCCUAAACGAACAUGGAGAAGACCUGUCACCGAUGCCUAAUCUCACUGAAUCUUCUAGCUUCUUGUCCAAUUUGACUUCAGUGUCUCGGGAUUCCCCUAUUGGAAAUCUAGGAAAAGAUCUCACUGCAGACUUUCAGGUACAUACAUGUGGCCUUUUUUGACUUUUUUUUUUUUUUUUUGCUUAUUGUUGUCAUUAACAAACAUGCACUAUUUUGUUCCCCAGAUGGUUUAUUAAUAUAUUAUUUUGCAUUAUUUAUAAGUAAAUUAUCCUCAAUAUAGUACUGCCCAGGAAAAAAAAAUAACAUUUUGUCACUGCUAUGUAACAAUCUACUACUCUUGAGCUGAUAUUUUGUACGUAGGCUGAAGAAUUGGCAGCCAGUAACAUUAGUGCAUUUUAUUAAUUGUGCAUGACUAAUGGACCAGACCCGUGUGGCUUUCGAUGAUUUAACAAUGGGGAAGAAACAUUGUAUGCCGAUGCUAUCAUGGCUUGCACGCUUGCUACCAGUAUGACACACUGCAUCUUCCAUUGCAUGCGCGUCUCAUAACCAGUGUUUGCGUUCUUUUUUCUCUUUUCUCCUUUUUGCUUUUCAGAUGAUUCAGCCCAUUAUUUUGCUCAUUAUCAUUUUGGUUUUGUUCUCAUCGCUCUCUUAUGCCACCAUACUUAAGUUAGUUUUCCUCUUCACGCUUUUCUUUGUUGUGUAGUAUUUUCAGACGUCUUCUUUACCCAUUUUAUUUUUUUAUUUUACUUUUUGUUUUUUUGUUUUUUCUUUUAUCCUCCCACCCCUUGUUUGUUUUUGUUUAUAUAUUACCCAUGCACCUUGCAGUCCAAACUGAGGGAACAAAUGGAAUGGCAGCACGGCAAUGACCUUGAAGAAGAUAGUCAUCGUGUUCUUGUAAAUCAUGAGUCACAUCGCAGAGCUGACGGAGACAUUAAACACUACUGGCCAAGAGACAAGGGCUGUUUCAGUCUAGAGGUCAGCAUUAUCACAUUACACAUUAGAAAUGAGAUCUGUAUAUACAACAUUGCAAUGCUUAGCUUAAAAAAAAAUAUUGUUUAGAAAAAUACCAAAGUGCAAGUAUUAGAAUGCACAUAUAUGUUAACUUCUGUUAUCCAGUUCAUGUUAUUGAACCACCGCCCUACAUUUUAGAUAACUGUACAUUGUUUAUUCCAGGGUCAGAUCAACAUAAUAUUAAUAUAAUAUGUUCAGUUGAUUUUGUUGGUAAUUAUUCAUUAUGAAACUGAUGACAACAGCUCUCAGUCUAUGUACUAAUCCUACACCACUAGGCUUCAUUCAGGAGAGCUAAUGUAAGCUCUUAAGCAUGAUGUUCUGUGUCUCAGACUAGCUGGAAAGAGACAGGGGGUGGCACUGUAGUGGUUAUGGUGAUUGUUGUGCCCUGGCUCCACCCUCCAUUGUAAGGAGUCACUUCUUACUUGGGGUUUGCUGUGGCCACUCCCUGCCUCUACUACUAAUGACAGAGAGCAGGAUAUUCUUAGCAGGAACUGUUCUGCAAUGCAGGACUUGGCUGAGAGCAAAAAUUUAUAUUUAGGAACUUCCAGCUCUCUCGCAUUAGCAGUGAAGGAUGAUAGCAGUGCCCGGCUGAUCCCAGGUAAGAAGCCAAACUCUUCAACAAUGGUUUGACUACUUGCAAGCUGUAGUGGUUAUGAUGCUUGCAGUAACGCUGAAAGAUGGACUAUCCUACAGGUGUUUCAAUCUCGCCAGGGAGACACGGACUUAAUAUUUGAUAACAUGCUGGAAUAGUACCUGUAGAAGCAGGGUUUCUAAUCUUUAUGUACCAGGAUGGAAUGUAACACAAUUUAUUCAUCUUCCCUUGACAUGAGACAAGUUAUACAAUCUUACAAGAACAGAAAGCGUUUUUUAAUGUUAUUGUUACUAUAGACUUAAAAACUAAUGAUUUGUUAGAACAUUGGUAGAAUAAAUAGUUCUCAGUAUGCUUCACAGAAAACCCAGAGCUGAGUCUAGUUUUCUGUUUUGGGUGGUGUAAUGCUAAUUCCAAUUUCGAAUACAUGGCCGUAACCUGAGAGGUAGUUUAUGUUCUGUUAUGCUAGACUAGAGGAUCAAGGAGUCGACAGUAUAGGGCAGGGAUAGGCAACCUUCGGCGCUCCCCCAUAAUGCUUUUACACCCAUAAUGCUGGUAAAGCAUCAUGGGAGGUGUAGUCCAAAACAUCUGGAGUGUCGAAGGUUGCCUAUGCCUGGUAUAGGGAUGAUUUCUAUGAUCUGACAAAAUAAAGAAAAAUAUGCAUGUAUUUUUACAGUUGUCAUUAUUAUAUUUUUAAAUUAUCUAAAUUAAAUAUGAAAUGUAUUAAAUAAAUAAACUACCAUAAAGGACAAAUUAAAAUAUAUUUAAUUUGUAUAAUGUCUGGGGUUAUUAUACAUAUCUACAUAAUAUGCAUGUAUAUCAACAUGUAUUUUAUUUUCAUAUAUUAUACAUAAUUUCAUCAGGGUUAUUUCACUAAAGUGAGAAUUAAGAGUUAAUUCUAAGUGAUUUAAGGUCAAAAUUCUCUAAUUCAGCUAUAAUUCCAGUUUAGCAACUUUGGACUUUUAUUUAAAAUCCACUUUGAAUUCUGAUUUUAGUGAAGAACUCUGUAAUAUACAUAAUGGAUAGCUCCAGAUUUCAGGUCAUAUGCCACUAAACAGGCAUGAAAGUUAGACAAAACAGACAAUUAACAGGAUAUAUUAUCUUGAAUGCAAUAAUUGCUUACCCCUAAUGCAUAGAUAUGAAAGCACUUUUUGCACACCAACUCCUUGUGGGUUAUUUUUUGUUGAAGGCAUAAAAGUUACUUGCCACUGCAAGCCAUGGUAAAUUUAACAUUCACUAAGCUAAAUGUCUACUUGCCAAGUCUACAUUUUCACUCUGCUAUGACUAGUGGGCAUGUGGAAUAUUUGAGCCCUGAUAGAGCAUAUUAUGUCUAUAAUAUAUAGAUAUAUAUUAAUAUAAUGCACAUUAAUAUUUAUAGUUAAAUCCCCCUCUUAUAAUAUUGGUGCUAUAUAAAUGGCAAUAAUAAUAAUGAUAAUGUAUAUACACAAAAUAUACACAUAUACAGGGUGGACCAAAAGUAGGUAUACAUUAUAUGUAACUGCAUUAUAAGUUCUAAAUUCUUUUUAUCUUCCCUCCACUAUUCUUUCCAACUGCCAAACUGAUGUUUAAAUGCCAGAAAUGUAACUGCCACUUUGUUGUGUAUCAGUGUGUAUGUGUACCCAUAUUAUCUGUUGUGAUGCAUUUCAUUGAUUCAACUAUAAACCUACUUUUGGGCUACCCUGUAUAUAAAAAUUCUCACUUUUUGCACAGAUAUUCGAUAUACUCCUAAAUGUAUCAAAUUGCAAACAAGUAUAGGUUAGGUUAAAAAAGCUGAUUUGAAAUAAGUCGGUUAUAGUAAUUGUUUGAUUGUUUGUGCCUAAAUGUAGCAUUUUGGAUUUUUCUAUGUGCAAAACACUCAGCAUCUACUGAAUAAUGUUGACUAUCUCUCAGUCUUUCUAAAAAUACACCCAAUAUCAAGGAAUGCACUUAUAGGCCUUAUGUCAACAGUAAAAUCGAUUCAGGGCUGCUCUGUAUUCCCAGUUAGGUACUAAGAGAGCCAUUGAGGAAUAUUGGUUGGCUACAGUGACCACAGUAAUGGAUAUAUAAUUCUACACUGGAAGAUUUACAAGGGAACAAUAAGCCACAAUGUACUUUUUAAUAAAGAUCAAGAAUUAAACCACCUAUUCUUUGAGAAACAAAUCUGCAUGUUAGACCAUGUCCACAGUAAUGAAGGAGAGUAGUCAGAAGCAACAACUAGAAUUAUACGUUAUUACACGUAAUACUUACAAAAUAUACUGAAGAAACAGCAGCAGUUCAAAGACCAACGCGGGCUGUUGUUUGCAGCUAAAACGUGUAAAACACAUGUCUUCCACCCUCCCUGACUCUUUUAUAACAUAUUGAAAAGUCAGGUAAUAUACAUGCAUGAAGACUAUUAUAUGAUGGAAAAAGUAUGCUAGAAUAUGGAUGUAUGCCGACUUUCUGAGUACGAAACAUUUAAAUGUUGGAUUAUAUACAUUAACGUACAACCAACAUGAUCUAACUUUACAAUCACAAGACAACAUCCUGUACCUUGUAAAUAAGGUGGAACCCCUCAAAAAUACUUAAAUAUCAUAUAAAAUUAUUUAUAAAUUAAUUGAGUUACCCAUGUGUCAAUUUGCUUAUCCUUAAUUUAUGUUUGUUUUCUUUUUUUUUUUUCUUUUUUUUUACAGUCACUAAUUCAAUGAAUAAACCUGAUUAAUCUGGACAACAGUGUGUUUCAUGCAAUAACACUAUAAUUUAAUACUCUCCCUUAUUAGCUGAAUUAACCUGCUUCAAUUUUCAUUAAUAAUUUAUUCAUCCCUUCAAUUGAAUCAUUGUGCAGAGCAUUCCAACAACUUAAAAGCAGAAUCACAUCCGCAGAGUAUCUUGACGUUAAUGCGAAACCAUGUCAUCGAUCGGGAGAUAUACACCCUCCUAGUGUCCUUCACCUAGGUACUAGAUAAUAAUCUUAAUGAUGUUAACAGUAACGGGUCAGAUUAUUAAAAGGUUACAGAAUACAUUAAAAUAGAAUUAAUUCAACUAACAUUUACCCACAGGCAAGAGCUUGUUAAAUCACAUAAUAGCAUGCAGACAGGCAGUCAGGCAAGCUGUGGCUUGGGGUCUCCCACCUCCAACUCCCACAAAAACACAGAAAGCAAUCUAUUUAGAGGCUUCACAAUCAUUCCCAAGGACCUUUAAAAUUUAUUUUUUAAGAGCAGAUGCAGAUAGGUAAAGAAUAAACACUUAAGUGACAGUCAGCCAUGAAAGUGUCAUACCUACAGAGCAUCCAAUAUGUAGCAUGGUACCGAUGGUUCUGAUAGCAGUGUUUUUUCUGCUCUGAAUUAUUCCUUGCAUUCCAGUCUAUUACCUAAUUGGUGCAUUGCUCCACAUGAUCGAUGAGUUUGUAAAUGUUAACUCUAGCUAAUUUGAAUUAACAAUAACUAACAAGGAUACAGCAAGUGAAUGUGGAAGCAUCCUUCAGUAGGAAGGAUACUGCUUAAUUAAAUGUUAAAUACAGGGAUAUCUGCUUGUUUCAGGAACACCAAUUUAGCACUUAAUUACAUUCAUCCUGCACAAGUGAAAACUCAUGUCCUGGCUGUAAUUUGUGGGAUUCAGCUCAGAAUAUUCUGAUUUCCUGUUGAUGAGUCGUAAUUUCUAAAUAUCUAACACAUUUCUAAGUUGUACAAUCAUGUGAUAGCUCGCAUUAUUUUCUGGCAGUAAAUAUUACGGUAUGCAAAUCCCUGGCUCAUCCUUAUUGAAUUAUCUGGGGUAGUGUAUCACUGACAUGUUUUACCGCAGAACACGCUAAUCUAAAAGCGGUCUGAGCAUUAUGGGAAAUGGAAUUCAACUCACACACACAGGAGUAUUCACUAAAGGGUUGAUUUAAGGUGAAUUUUAAAUCUAAGGUCAAGAUAGUCAAACGGACUUAGAGCAUUUUUACUCUUCAGCUAUUUUGACCUUAAAUUUAAAAUUCACUUUGAAUUCACCUUGAUUCUCAUUUUAGUGCACAACCCUGUUAGAAUGCCGACGUAGCCUUCCGUGCAAUAGAUUUUGAUUUCUGUUGGCCUAGUGUUAAAUGGUAUUUGAGGUGACAAACAUUCAUUGGUGAUUGCUGUAUAUAGUUAUGUAGGUAAAGUACUAUACUAGUUUUCUGCUGCAUUUGAAUUACUGCUUAAGCAGCCAUUGUGGAAUGAUUUAAGCAGAUGAAUGCUAAGAGUUUAAGUAAUCUCUUCCAUUCUUUCCACAAAUCAGCUCAGCAAUCAUGUGCCAACCGAAAAGAGUUCAACUCUCCGAGAAUUGCAGGCCAUUCUGGAGCAGGAAAGGAGACUGCAUCAAGAAGAAUGUGAAAAGGUGACAGACCGGAUCAUUCAGGUAGUUUAUUAUCUAACCCAUCCGUCUUCAAUGUGUCAACCAGAUGUAGCUCCCUAUACUAAGAUAUUAUACAGAUAUAACAAGGUAAAUUGAGGAAAUCCAGAUGAUUAAUAUCUAAAUACUCUGUUGCAUUACAUAGGAUUUAACCCUAUUGUAGUAUAAUUUGUAUCCAUUAUUACUCAUGUAGUGAGAAAAUGGUUUUAAAUGAUCACUAAUCUAAUCAUUGAUUACCAUUUCUAAAGGCAAAAAGAACAGAAGUGCCGAAGACCUACGUCUAUCCAUCGAUGUGGCAUAACUUAAUUUAAAGUGCUGGUAACCUGCUAGAUAACAAAUGCUGUGUAAUAGCAUUGACUGUAAAGUCAUGAACGUUUAUUCAGAUUGCUAUUAAAUGGCCAUGCAGUGAUCUAGUUAUUACCUUGAGCAGGAAAUCUGGUAGUCUCUCUAUGUACUCUCAUCACACCCUCACACUGCGGAAGAUGGUUCUUUUUGUUAAGUGGCUUGUUUGCAAAUACCUGGUGACUCUUCUUGUUCUUCUCUGCAUUUUGUAACAUAACUGUGAUAUAUAGCCCCUUGAGAGAAUUAGACCUGAUUUAUCUCUUGCUCUACCAAGUAAAACUCUUAAAGGGUUACUCCAGGCACCAGGACUGCUUUGAAGUGGUUAUGGUAAUUUAUAGCCUGUAUGUGCAACAUUUCUGAUGAUGUCACUUAGCCUCAUUGGUGGGGAAGUGACAUCCCAAAGGCCCUGCUUAGGGAGGACUAAGGUUGCAUGGAGCAGGACCGAAGCACUGUUAGUCGUCUACUACACAGUCUAUGCACAGAAGUCUCAUUCCAGGCUGCUAAUGAUGCUUAUGGAACUCAAGUUACACCUGUAGCCACAAAGCUCUGUAUUUGCUGUGUUUUUUACGGAAAUGCUGGACAUAGAGACUCAAGCUUCAUGACCACUUCAAAUCACUGGAGUGGUCACAGUGUUUGGAAAAAUCCUUCAAAUUCUUACUGCAUCUCCCUGCCAGAGUGAAACUGAAAAUGUCCUAUUCAUGGUACAUGUUUACUCUUAUUCUUUUAAAUUUAUUGUACUGGCUUAUUUUAUGAAUGUAAUUGAUCUCAGAUGUGUCCCAUGACAGUACAGUUCUUAUUUACUACAAGUCUGCCCAGGACCUCUUUGGUGGUUGUUGAAAUCGUGCAAAGUGUGUAACAUAUUAUUUGUAUUCGCAUAAAUAUAAAUAUAAACAAUGAUUAGAGAAGAAUGGAACCAACCAUGUGAGAUAUGAAGCUUUGCUUUAAAUGCAUGUGGCGGACCUGGUAUCAGUCCCUGAGGUUGCCCGAACCAUAUUUCAUUUUCCCAAACAAUACCGUAUUCCCCUGGAACCGAACAGAACUUGUGUGGUCCCCCUCGUUACUCACUUAGAACACCGAACAACAUUGGCAAUCCACAAUUAAAGGAUUAACUUGAGUGCUCUCCUUGUGUGGCCGCCGUUCAUAUAACCGAAUGCACAUGGUCCAGUACAUGGCCAUUUUGUCUCUCCAACACAGGCAACGGCACUUGGUCAUCGAGUGCGUGGAACUAAUUUCAGAUACACGUUCUCGCGAACCCCAGUCAGGAUGGUACUGCUGCCUGUAUACUUUCCCGACCAACUAGACAAACCAAACUCCCGAAUAGCGAUCCUGUUCCACCGAACCAAUCUGAGCGCUUUUUGGAUAUGUUGUGCGCUCUGAUACAGGCUAUUCGGGAAUAUAACAAUUGUGGGAUUCCUGUAAUGUUUCAUUAUGUUUUUUGGGUGUUUUAUAAUAUUUUAUGUGUUUCCUGUAACUGAGAGAUAAUUGAGUUAUCAAAAUUUCCAGCUCAGUUAUCUCUCAGGCCCAGAGGCUCUUGGGAAAAACCCCUGUAAAAUUGCUUUAGAGACCCCAUACUAUGGGGCUGUGCAUAAAAAGCAGUGGGCUUAUAAAAAUCAGUUGAUUUCCAGAACUGCGUGUGAUCCAGUUACUGGGGGAAUGGGCUAUAAUGAGGCAUUCUUUACGUGAACUUAGUUUAACAUUUAUUAUUUUUACUACUUUAUGGGAUGUUGUGUUCUUACUGAUGAAGUCUGUUGGUCUAUUAUCUCAUAGCUGGAAGAGGAACAUCUGAAAAACCUACGCAGGAAAGAUUUGGAGGUCCAGAGCCUCACUCUGCAGAAUAAGUUGGAAGAGAAAACCUGGGGCCAGGAGAAGAGUCUCUUAGAUCAGGAAGUGAGGAACUUCAAACAGAAUGUCUUUGUUUUGUAUGUCAAGUUAAAGUGGCUCCUGGCCCAGUGGCGCCAGUGCAAGAGGGUGGAACAAGAAGAAGUGGGGGACAAAUUGCUGCAGGUACUUUCUAUUACACAUGUGUGGUAUAUUAGGAGAGCUGCAGUCUAAUGCCUUAUGAAAUAGUCAACUUUUUAGAAAUUAAAAAUGUAUCCAUUUCUCUACAGUUCUGGAUCCCUCGCCUCAGUGGAUUCUAUAAUGAAAAAAAAAUAUACGAGAGUUCUUUAAAAAACAAAUAUCUACAUCACUGAAGACAAAUUGCUAGCAAAUUCAUACAAUAAACUGAAUAUAUAUCUACCAUAUAUCCCUAUAGUUUACAAACAUGCAUACAAAUAGCUUUCUUAUCCACUGGAUCCUGGGUGGUGACUGUGAGUUUACUAUGUAGUUGGGAUCAAGCGUACAGAUCUACUUAAUUGCCACACAAUAAACUAUAACGGUAAAGAGAAGGCUGAAAUGGGAUAAUAAAGGUCCUUCGUAUGAAGGCUACACAGUAAGAUCUGAUGUACCUAUUAGGUAUGAAUUAAUGUGAGUUGUUGCUUCCUGAGUCAACAUAGUGAAAUUCUUAACUUAAUAUAUCAUCAAUGUAACUACAUGAAGUUUCAGUGACAGUUAUGUUGCGCUGAUUCAAGUGUUUUGAAUUUCCCAUUUACUUCUAUGAACUGUCCACCCAGAACGUUAUGUGUCUUUGAUUAAUAAUCUUUUUCACUGAUUUCUUGAGUAAAACAAGUACUUACGUACACUAUGUAUGCCGGAGAGUGUGCUGUCCAGCACACAAAAUAUGUUGCCCUUGAAAGAUAGCACUGUAACACAACUGUAACACUCCAAAUACAUCACCUCUGGCACCAUUUGUUUGCAAUUGGACGGCCUACAUUUAUCUUAUUUGUAUAUAUUUUUAUCACUUUUUUUAUAGAAGAACAUUGAUUUAAUAACAAUACUGUGCUGUGCCAUAUGCCACUUUCACAGUAUCUACAGUAUUUCUACAAAAGCCUUACUUGUGCCUAACUAUGCAUGAAACAAAAAUUGUCAUAAACGUCCUCAUUAGGAAAACAUUGUGCCACUUGAAGAAAAAAUACAAAUAAUCUCAUGAAGCUGGUAGCUAGAAAUAAGUAUUAAUUUAAUAAAUUAAUCAUGUGAUUUGACUUUAGGCUUCUAAAAUAAUCUAUCAAAUCCAGGGCUUCUUGCCACAGUGAGUCACGUCUUGGGAAGAAUGCUUUAUUUUGCUAAUAAAAUAUUUCUAAGUGCAUGUUACAGGUAGGAUGAAUGAUUAAUGCUCUAGCAAAAAGUUCAUUGUGAUGUUGUUCAUCAAAAGCACAGCUCUAGUUAUUUUUUGGGUUAUGGUGUUACUAUAAAUAGUGUCUUUUUUCCAGAUUGAUCAAUUGCCAGCCCUUCCAGAGUUUGCUGUUCACACUGAGUUCAGGGCAAGUGACCCUGAUAUGGAGGAAGCAGAAGACACAGAUGAGGAUGCAGUGUUUGCCUUACCAGAUUAUACCCAACAUUCCACAGCUGAAAAUAUCAGCCCCCAACUCCAAACAGCUGAACUGCUCCAGCACCAGAAGCAGGUAUUGAUCUUGGUCAUAUGUGAAGCUCAAAUUCCAAUAUAA